GCGUGAAACCGGCGGACACAAAGGCCACGCGCAGUGAUUUAUCAGCAGGCUACCUUUCUUGAUCCGUUGGUCCUCUCUCCUCCGCUAAACCGAACAGGGCCUCAUUGAAUGACCGAGACUCCAGCUGUCAGAGCUCGACUAUGUAAGCCGGUUACUCCGAAACCUUCACCGACAUUUGUAGUUUUUGUUUCCCUUCUUCGUGUUUGGACAUUAGGAUGGUAUAAAAAUGGCUAAGCGACCCGGGAAUGACGACGGAAUGCUGCCGUCGCCGACCAUGAUCCGGAAUUUCUCCACGGAUUUGGACGCCGGAGACGCGGACUGCGGCGAGGGAGCUGCCGAGGACGUAUCCCUGGAGGAAAUUUUAAAUCUGUACAGCCAGCCGAUUAACGAGGAGCAGGCGUGGGCAGUGUGUUAUCAGUGUUGUCGGACUUUGGCGCAAAAACGACGGAAGAGAGGCUUCAAGUCUGCCGGUGCCUCCGCGGCGGAGUAUCUGAGGAGGAUUGAGGGACCCGAGGAUGUGGUGAUCAACAGAGACGGGACUGUGAAACUGCACUUUGAAGACACGACAGAUAAAUAUAAAUCCUCCUGCACGUCUCUAGAGGUCAUCGACUCACUGGGCAUCAUGAUCUACAAAGCUCUGGAUUUUGGCCUCAAAGACAACGAAGAGCGGGAGCUAAGCCCCCCGCUGGAGCGUCUGAUUGACAUGAUGACCAACAUGGAGGAAACGAAGAGCGACCCUUGUCCUGAUGAGGGCUACGAAGCCACAGAGGAAGAAGAGGAGGAGGAGGAAGAGGAUCGCGAGGAAAACGGGGAGGAAGAAGAGCUAGCCUUCGUUACGUCUGCCAGCCCAAUCAGCAGGAUUCAGAGCUACAGAGACAUCAUUGCGAUUUGUUCUUCCCACCUGCCCAGCCCGCUGGACGCUCCGAACCAUUACCAAGCCGUAUGCCGGGCUCUCUACGCCGAGACCAGGGAGCUGCGGACUUUCCUGGAGAAGAUUAAAAGUGCCAAAGAGAACCUUCGGAGAAUGGAAGGCGAGACUCACGGAGACCCCGUCAAAGACCUCAAUGAGCUGGAGAACGCUGAUUGGGCUCGCUUCUGGGUACAGGUGAUGAGAGAUCUACGAAAUGGUGUGAAGUUAAAGAAGGUCCAGGAGCGCCAGUACAACCCGCUGCCCAUCGAGUACCAGCUCACGCCGUACGAGAUGCUGAUGGAUGACAUCCGCUCCAAACGCUACAAGCUGAGAAAAGUCAUGGUGAACGGAGACAUCCCCCCACGGUUAAAGAAAAGUGCACAUGAGAUUAUUCUGGAGUUCAUCAGGUCACGACCUCCUCUGAACCCUGUGGCGGCCCGUAAACUUAAACCCCACCCCCAGCGCCCUCAGAGCCUCCACGAGAGGCUGCUGGAGGACAUCAAGACCGAGCGGAAGCUGCGGCCGGUUUCUCCUGAUUUGAUUCGCAGGCACCGCCUUGUCAUGCGACCACUAAGCAUGUCUUACAGUUUUGACUCAUCAGGUGCAGGGAAGAGCAUCAGCACGCCUCAGGAUUUGUUCCGAAGUCCCGCUGACUCUCCAGAUGCUCAGAGGAAGCUGACAGGAAGCACCCAGUCUCUGGCCGGGAGCUCCACGGGAACCGCUCAAGGAGUUCAGCCUCAGAUCCAAAGGAAGAGGCUCCUGAAGGCGCCCGCGCUGGCUGAGCUGGACAGCUCCGAAUCAGAUGAGGAGACCACACAGAGCAGCUCCAGUAAAUCCACGUCCUUCGUAGAAGACGCGUCUCCCGAACCUGUCGUUGCAAAGAAAGUUCCUCCGAAGCUCCCUCCGGUCUCUGCCCCCCCUCAGCCUGAGACGCAUCAGCAGCUACAGAGGAGACGCUGUGAGAAGGUGGGCUCCACCGCCGUCUGCCCGUUCCUGCCGCUGUCCAGACAGAGCGCCAAGUCUCUGCAGACUGGGAACCCCAGUGGCAAGGAGGAGUUCAGUUUUCCAAAGGAGUGUUUGGCGCUGACGGUGGAGGAGGUGAUGCACAUCAGGCAGGUUCUGGUCAAGGCGGAGCUGGAGAAGUUUCAGCAGUACAAAGAUGUCUACUCCGCUCUGAAGAAAGGAAAAAUUUGUUUCUGCUGUCGAAACAAAAAGUUCUCCCUCUUCACCUGGUCCUACGUCUGCCAGUUCUGCAAAAGGCCGGUGUGCGCCCAGUGUUCCAGAAAGAUGCGCCUGCCGUCUAAGCCCUACGCCACUCUGCCCAUCUACUCUCUGGGCCUCAGCACCGCAUCGAAGGAGAGUUCUGAUGGGAGUUGUGCUCCGGCUGAGUCGGAGAAGCAUCCCUCUGGAUCCGGAUACGGCAGACACAGCCUACGCAGAAGGUUGUCCAGGAACAGCAGCAAAGACGCGCCGUCACAGGAUGAGCUGGAGCUGCCCAAGGAGCUGACGGAGGACUGGGUCACCAUGGAGGUCUGCGUCGACUGCAAAAAGUUCAUCACGGAUACGGUCACCUCCAGCAGACGCAGCCUGUCCGUGGCCUCCAAGAGAGCUCGCAUCAACCGCAAAACCCAAUCCUUCUACAUGUCGUCGUCCCGGUCGAUCAACUUCAUGCCCUCGGAGGGCCCCAUCAGUGAGGUGUAACCCCGCCCCCUCGCUCCAAGGCUUUAUGCACUUUGGUGAACGCCUCUCCCGCGCCUCAAACCCAGACGGUUUUUCCUCUCAGGAAAGGUUUCUGCGUUUUUCCCCAACGUGUAAAGAACAAAGAACAAUGCUUUUCUUGUCGGCGGCGGCAACAUUUUGUGGAGCGUGUGAUUUAAAAAAAAAAGCUGCUGAGGUCACCAUCGUGGAGCGACGCAGAAAGCUACAGGUGGCUGCAAUAUCAUGUAAAUGUUGCAAAGGCCCAAUCGAUGUAAGCUAGCAACAACUGCUCCAGUUCCUGUUUACGUUUUGAACUCAGGAAGAUCAAUCAAGUGUGUUUUGACAGAAAUGCACUCUGCUGGGGUUGAGCCCCUCCCCCUCGCCUCCCCCUGCCUCCCCGAUCCUUCCAGCAACAUUUAUGCCAAAUGUUUAUCAUCUCAGCCGGCUCAGAUCCACUUUACCAUUAUCUCACUGAAAUGACAGACGGUUUAAAGGUGGUCUAGUAUUUAUUUCCAGGGUGGGUUUUUAGUUUUGAACUCGAAUGCGCGGUCCGUUCUGUGCCUGGUGCCAAAUUGUAACGUGUUUUUUCUGAACGCCUUUUUAGUUGCAGACCUACUGUAAAUAGAUGUGAUCAAACGGCUCCUCUGGUCUCUAAGUGGAGCAGCAGCAACACGUGAAGGGUUUGUACAUGCUGUAUAGUCUUAAAUUGUUCCAAAUUUAAUAUAAAAACCAGAAGAAAUAGCCAGGCUUUAGAUUUCUGCCUCCAGGCACUUUAUUUAAAAGCUUCAGUUAUUUUAGUCUGAUCAGAUUUCUGUUGUAGUUUAUAACGGUGUUAACAUUCCCCUCAAAAUCACACAUUGCACUUUUAUUGGGCCGAUUCCUUCUUUGUCUUAAAUCAUAAUAAUAAUGAUGAUGGGUAUAAUUCAAAUGUUUGAUUUGGUGCCAUUUUCCAGAGUCUUACGAAUGAAAAUGUGUUUUAUUGGUUGUUUCAACGUCAAUAACGGCUUAAAACAACCAACAGUUGAAUGUUUUAGAGUUGAACUGUUUUUUAUGAUUUUAGAAUGUUUUUACCCUACACACACACACACACACACACACACACACACACACACUGAUACAUACCAGCCUAACCAGCCUGGUCAAUAACGACGUUCCAAUGAAACAGUCCAGCCCGGUUUUAUUUAAAACUUCUAUAACGAAUGUGUGCAUGCAUCUACUUGUUUUUAUUUAAAAACUAUAAUAAAGAUAUCAUCAUUA